CACUUCCAUUUAUCAUAGUUGAUAACGAUUCUCAAUGCAGUCUUUGUAUGGAAAUGUUGACUACCUGUAGAGAGUAUAUUAUUGGUUUGAUGAUUCGAACCAAACAAUCGGAAGCCAAAUCCAAAGGAGAUACUUUGAGACAAUUAGAAUUGGCAGCUUUGAUGACGCAUUGCAAUAUGCUGAUUACUCAUCAACAAUUGGCAUUACAAGCAGCUAUGAAAUUGGCAUAUGCCACUAAGAACUAUCUUUAUGCUUUGACUUUUGCGAAAAGGUUAUUAGAAUUGGCACCCAAUGAAGAAAUGGAAAGGACUGCCAAGAAAGUGAUGCAGUUUUGUGAACGCAAUCCAAACAAUCAGAACCAAUUGGACUAUGAUAUAGAACAAAGCAACUUUGCAAUCGACGCAGGUAGAUUGAAGCCUUGUAUGCAACCUCCAACUAAGAGUUGUUAGCUCAAGUAAUGGAGCAACAGGAUGAAAAUCG